UGCCCAAACAGUACUCUACAAUAAUCACUUGCCCCCACCACCCACUGGUGUCCAAACAUUCUGCUCCCCAGUCAUCACUUCCCCCCCACCACCCACUGGUGGCCAAACACUCUACCCCCAACAAAGUGCUCUCCAGUCAUCACUUCUCCCCACUGGUAACCAGAGACACUCUGCUCCAACAUAGUGCUCUCCAGUCAUCACUUCCCCCCACCACCCACUGGUAACCAGAGACACUCUGCUCCAACAUAGUGCUCUCCAGUCAUCACCUGCCCCCCGCCACCUACUGGUAACCAGAGACACUCUGCCCCAACAUAGUGCUCUCCAGUCAUCACUUCCCCCCACCACCCACUGGUAACCAGAGACACUCUGCCCCAACAUAGUGCUCUCCAGUCAUCACCUGCCCCCGCCACCUACUGGUAACCAGAGACACUCUGCCCCAACAUAGUGCUCUCCAGUCAUCACCUGCCCCCACCACCCACUGGUAACCAGAGACACUCUGCCCCAACAAAGUGCUCUCCAGUCAUCACUUGCCCCACCACCCACUGGUAACCAGAGACACUCUGCCCCAACAUAGUGCUCUCCAGUCAUCACUUCCCCCCACCACCCACUGGUAACCAGAGACACUCUGCCCCAACAAAGUGCUCUGCAGUCAUCACUUGCCCCACCACCCACUGGUAACCAGAGACACUCUGCCCCAACAUAGUGCUCUCCAGUCAUCACCUGCCCCCACCACCCACUGCGGACCAGAGACACUCUACCCCAACAUAUUGCUCUCCAGUCAUCACUUGCCCCCACCACCCACUGGUAACCACAGACACUCUGCCCAAACAUAGUGCUCUCCAGUCAUCACUUGCCCGCCCCCCGCCACUGCGGACCAGAGACACUCUACCCCAACAUAGUGCUCUCCAGUCAUCACCUGCCCCCACCACCCACUGGUAACCAGAGACACUGCCCCAACAUAGUGCUCUCCAGUUAUCACCUGCCCCCACCACCCACUGCUGACCAGAGACACUCUGUCCCAAGAGUGCCGAAAACACUCAGACCCACAGUGCUCUGCAAUCAUCACUAGACCAAUCCAGCAAUUCUUAUGCAGCCAUGUUCUCCUUCCAGCAAUGGUGGCUGUAAGUGCAAACCCAUAGAGGUGUGUAUAGUACUGCACAUAGGUCUGCACCGGGUGCAUCGCUGUACUAUAGGGAGCGACCCCCCGGGCUGCAGGCAGCAGGGAAUGAUGAGGAUGGUGGUGCAGGAGAGCCGGCUCUGUGUGAUGCAGGAGGCCGGGGGAGGAGACAGGAAGGAGCGGCUGCUGCUGUGAGGAGGAGAAGGAGGAGGAGAGAAGGGAAGAGACUCACGGAGGAAGAAAGGAAAACACAGCAGCAGCAGCGGGAUCGGGGCACCGACCUGUGGGGGAUAGAAGAAGAGACUGCUAGGAAAACGGGACCGGAGCCGCCGCCGCUCAGUGAGGACAGACAGGGCACAGGGUGACGGACACACGGUGCUUGGUGGCAGCAUGGGAGAGAGCUAGAGACCGGGACUGCGUCCUUCUGCCGGCUGCAGCGCCCAGUACCCCCUGCCCUCCACCAUCAGCUGUCUUCUAUCAGCUCACCCCCCAGUACCCCCUGCCCUCCACCAUCAGCUGUCCUCCAUCAGCUCACCCCCCAGUACCCCCUGUCCUCCACCAUCAGCUGUCCCCCAUCAGCUCCCCCCCCUCCCAGUACCCCCUGCUCUCCACCAUCAGCUGUCCUCCAUCAGCUCACCCCCCAGUACCCCCUGCCCUCCACCAUCAGCUCCCCCCCAGCACCCCCUGUCCUCCACCAUCAGCUCACCCCUCCCCUGUACCCGCUGCCCUCCACCAUCAGCUGUCCUCCAUCAGCUCCCCCCCAGUACCCCCUGCCCUCCACCAUCAGCUCCCCCCCAGUACCCCCUGUCCUCCACCAUCAGCUCACCCCCCCCUGUACCCGCUGUCCUCCGUCAGCCCACCCCCCCAGUACCCCCUGCCCUCCACCAUCAGCUGUCCUUUAUCCGCUCACCCCCCUGUGACUUCAGUACACCCUAGCUUCCAUCAGCUCGCCCUCUGUACACCCUGACUCCCAUCUGCUCACCCUUUGUGCACACUCUAUGUCCCCCUUCAGCUCACCCCCCAUUACACACUGCGUUCCAUUACUCCCCUCUCUGAACACUGUCCUUCCACCACUUCCCAAACACACUGAUCCCCCCCUGUACUGGCCUUCCCUACAGCAGCCAGUCUCUGUAUAGUCUCUUCUGCCUCCAUUCAUUCACUCCUCCAUCAGAUGACCCCACUCCGGUCAGCCUGCCUUUCAUCAGGUCACCUCCUCAGUACAUAUCCAUUUUGUUCCCUUCAGUCAUCGUACCAUUCAUGAAACCGGUCCCAUUUUGAACCACAUCCUCUCAUUCAUAUAAGUCCCCUUCAGUUUCUCUCUCUGCCUCAGUACAGUCAUUGUGCAGUACCAGCCCAAAUAUUCUCCGCCACAUCCUCCCUACCAGGCUGGAUAUGUGAGGACCUCCCCAGCCUGGAAAGAUGAAUUACCAGCAGCAACUGGCCAAUUCGGCCGCCAUCCGGGCGGAAAUCCAACGCUUUGAAUCUGUGCAUCCCAAUAUCUACUCUAUAUACGAACUCUUGGAGCGAUUGGAUGAACCUGGCCUGCAGAACCAGAUCCGUGAGCAUGUCAUAGCCAUAGAAGAUGCCUUUGUAAAUAGCCAGGAAUGGACACUAAGCCGGGCUGUGCCGGAGCUCAAAGUGGGCAUUGUGGGAAAUCUAGCAAGCGGGAAGUCGGCGCUGGUUCACCGGUACCUCACGGGUACUUAUGUGCAGGAAGAGUCCCCAGAAGGGGGCAGGUUCAAGAAGGAGAUAGUGGUUGAUGGACAGAGCUACCUCCUACUGAUCCGGGAUGAGGGAGGACCCCCAGAAGCACAAUUUGCUAUGUGGGUGGAUGCUGUAAUCUUUGUCUUCAGCCUAGAGGAUGAGAUCAGUUUCCAGACAGUCUAUCACUACUACAGCCGCCUAGCCAACUACCGCAAUACCAACGAGAUUCCUAUGGUGCUGGUGGGCACUCAGGAUGCCAUCAGUUGCAGCAACCCCCGUGUAAUAGACGAUUCCCGAGCGCGAAAGCUGUCCAACGACCUCAAGCGAUGCACUUACUAUGAAACCUGCGCCACCUACGGGCUUAACGUGGAACGCGUCUUCCAGGAUGUGGCCCAGAAGAUCGUAGCGACUCGUAAGAAGCAGCAGCUGUCCAUCGGUCCCUGCAAGUCUCUGCCAAACUCUCCCAGCCACACAUCGGUCUGCUCCACUCAGGUGUCCGCCGUGCAUAUCAGCCAGACUAGUAACGGAGGAGGCAGCCUCAGUGACUAUUCCUCGUCAGUCCCCUCCACUCCAAGCACUAGCCAGAAGGAGCUGAGGAUUGACGUCCCGCCCACAGCCAGUACCCCCACUCCGGUGCGCAAACAGUCCAAACGGCGAUCCAACCUGUUCACGUCUCGAAAAGGGAGCGACCCAGACAAAGAUAAGAAAGGUCUAGAGAGCAGAGCAGACAGCAUCGGCAGCGGGCGAGCAAUACCAAUUAAACAGGGAAUGCUGCUAAAGCGAAGUGGAAAGUCGCUAAAUAAGGAAUGGAAGAAAAAAUAUGUCACACUGUCUGACAAUGGAGUCCUUACUUAUCACCCCAGUUUACAUGACUACAUGCAGAAUGUCCAUGGCAAGGAGAUUGAUCUGCUCAGGACCACAGUUAAGGUUCCAGGAAAGAGGCCACCACGAGCGACAUCAUCCUGUGCACCUAUCGCCAGUCCCAAAACCAAUGGCCUGACCAAAGAGGUCAGCGGGCUGCAGAUCUCCCCCAAUACAGGUAAUGUGACGAGCAGCACGUCUGUCACCCAGAUGGGCAGCGGUCCGAGUGGCAUUAGCCUGGGGUCUUUCAGCCGCAUUGACGGGAUGCACCAGCGAUCCUACUCUGUGUCCAGCGCAGAUCAGUGGAAUGAAGGCGCCGUCCUCGCUAGCUCGGCCAUCAGCAGCGACACCGGCCUGGGUGACUCUGUGUGUUCCAGCCCUAGCAUCUCUAGUACCACCAGCCCCAAACUGGAUCCACCACCAUCUCCACACGCCAAUCGAAAGAAACACCGGCGGAAGAAGAGUACAAGCAACUUCAAGGCCGACGGGCUCACCAGCACGGCUGAAGCUAAACGCAAAGCAUGGAAACUAAACCGUGUUGGCAGCCUGCGAAAUGUUUACAGCGGCAACGCCAACACAGAAGAACAAGAGGAGAAUUUUGAGUUCAUUAUUGUGUCUCUCACUGGCCAGAGUUGGCACUUUGAAGCCACGAGUUACGAGGAGAGGGAUGCCUGGGUUCAGGCCAUAGAGAGCCAAAUACUUGCCAGCCUACAGUCUUGUGAAAGUAGCAAGAACAAGUCCCGUCUCACCAGCCAAAAUGAGGCUUUAGCUCUACAGUCGAUUCGCAACCUGCCAGGAAACUCGCAUUGUGUGGAUUGUGAUGCACAAAACCCAGACUGGGCCAGCCUGAACCUCGGAGCUCUGAUGUGUAUAGAGUGUUCUGGGAUUCAUCGUAACCUGGGGACCCAUCUAUCCCGCGUCCGUUCCUUGGACCUCGAUGACUGGCCGCCCGAGCUCAUAAAAGUCAUGUCAGCCAUUGGGAACGAGCUGGCGAACGGCGUGUGGGAGGGAAGCAGUCAAGGGCAUGUGAAGCCAUGUUCAGAAAGCCCCAGGGAGGAAAAGGAACGCUGGAUCCGUGCAAAGUAUGAACAGAAGCUUUUCCUCGCACCCCGGAGCUGCCGGGACCUGCCCUUAGGGCAGCAGCUACUGAGAGCGACGGCAGAGGAGGACCUAAGGACAGUAAUCCUCCUCCUCGCGCACGGUUCUCGAGAAGAAGUGAACGAAACCUGCGGUGAAGGGGACAGGCGCACAUCAUUGCACCUGGCGUGUCGCAAGGGGAACGUGGUACUUGUGCAGCUGCUUAUAUGGUACGGAGUUGAUGUGAUGGCACGGGACUUCCACGGGAACACGGCAAUUGCGUACGCCAAGCAAGCUGUGACCUCCGAGGUGCGGGAUCUGCUGCUGCAGUACGGUUGCCCAGAUGAACAAUUUGUGCUCAUGGCCACACCAAACCUCUCCCGAAAAAACAAUCGUAACAACAACAGCAACACAGGGGGCGGAGGAGGCCUGAUGCCCACCUUAAUCUAACACAAAAAGGACGUUGUGGAAAGGAGACUCGAGCACCACUCACCCCUCGCACCGCAGAGGGAGGAGUCAGGAAUGACACAGGGGAAGGGGGGGGGGGCACCAAGUACAGGACAAGGGGGAGAAGAGACUAAGCCUCCGCUAGCAUUUGGGAGGCAGGAAGAACGACAAAGGAGGCAGAAAGCUGUCAGUUAUGUGCACAUUUCACCUCUACCCCAGCAGAACACUUAGGCUCUGCUCUCAUCUGACAAGCACUGCUCCACAUAAAUCACACGCAGGCACUGAGUUUGUCAGGUUUGAGGCUCCAAUGAUGCUAUGUGUCAAAUCACUUGGAGCUAAUCUGUCCUCAGAGAAUGCUGGCUUCAUUACACUUGUAUAGUUGAGUUCCCUCAGCCUGUACCGCUGUUUAAUAGGACAUGAUUACUCAUCAUGUAGAAGGGAGCAUAUUAGCUGAGGAGGAAGCGCUCUCCAUGCUCUGCUGAUUACAGGGAUGUGAUUGCAAUAUUCUUACAAGAAUCAUAUUAGGAGAGACAUUCUGGGCCUCAUCUUCAGACUCCUUGUCAUAAUCUCGCUGCGCUUUAAAGUGUCUCUUCCUCUAAAUGGACACCCCACCCAAAAAAAAAAAAAUUUGGGAACAAAAAAAUUUAUUCCGGAAAAAAUAAUCCUUUUGCAGGGUCAGUUUAGAGCAUCUGUUUUUACGUCACCUUUUAGAUGUAUUAUGCGUUGUGAGGUUGUUUUUUUUUUAUUUUUUUUAUUUUUUAUUUACGGAGAUAAUUUAUUUUAUGGACAAACACGCCAGCUGCCUGAGGUGCCCCGGCGGAUGGGCCCGGUUCCUGUAAAGCACACGCGUUGCACCCAUUCACUAUUGUUUCAGUACAUCUGGGUCACAUCGUCUCGCUGAUUUGCAAAAGAGAGGGGAAAAAAAGAGAGAGAGAGGAAAAAAAAAAAAUCAUAAUUGAAGCGGUUUCAUGGUUGAGUGCAUUUAUUUUUUUCCUUGAAGGCUUACAUAAGAGUCGCUAAUUAGGAGUAGUUUUUGGACUGAGGGAAAUGAAACAUAUUUUCAUGGAGAGCGCUCAGUGCGGAACACAUACUGUAGAGUGCAUACAGCGCCGUGUAUGCGGUUUAUAUCGGAGCGCUGUGGGGUUAUAACUUAUAUGUGUACAAUGAGAAGUGACUGUGGUUAUUAUAAAGAGGACUGCUCGCCCUGUACAGACUAUAAGUAAAGGGAAUACCCAUUUGUGGUAGGCUAGGCCCCAGCAAAGGAGGAUCUAUGCACAUAGGUCAGGGAAUAGACUGUACUAAAUAUUUAUUAAUUAUACCAUACCUAACUUUCCACCAAUGUGUCUUCCAAGUGUCUAAAAUGUCUAAUUUAGUACUUUCUCUGGUCACUGUAAAAAAUAGACGUAUAUUAAAGUACACGACAGUAGUAAACACAGCACAAUCACCGUUUCUGUAACGAUAAAUCCUGUAUAUAAAUUACUGCACAAUGACAGGGCACCGUUUUCGUGUAUUACACAAGUUUUGGGGUGUGACGUUAGCUGCCCGUUCUCAAAUUGCCUAUUUAUUUUGGAGUGUGCAUGACCACAUGUUCACAGAUCAGAGUCCUAUUGGUCUGUCAACUGAUGACCUCCAGCUAAGUAUGUGUGAGGUCAUUGUCCCUGGAAGUGGAGGGUGGAGAGAGAGGCCAGACGCUCUGUAAUAUCCUCUUGGUCAGCAGCACCUGACGUCUGAGGACAUGACUUAUCGGACUCCCAUGUAUGUGGCCAAAUUGUUUACAGCUGGCUGUUCUGCAAUGGGGUCCAAUCACUGGAUGGCCAUAUGUAUUGAAAAAGCUCAAGAAAAUCCUGCAAUAACAUUCAUAUAAGGAAGGAAGCAUUUGUUAGACCAGCGGCUCGAAAACUUGAAAAUAGUCCAGAUGCACCUGUUUUGCUGAACACAAGAAUUCUGAGAUGUUGAUAAUAGGUCUUAGAAUCAUCACUGUCGCAGUCACCUUGUAUGUGCCAGCAAUUGUGUAGUUACACGGCACCACUUGUGUGUCCCAAAACAGCUGGAGAAGUUAGGGUUAUCUAAUCCGGCCCUAUAUAAAUGAAUUCAGAAAACCCGUUGGUCUCCAAAGAACUUCCAGUCCUUCUUGCCUUGUUUUCCAUUGUAUACGUGAGGAUUUAUUCUGAUGUGGCGUAACGUUCCAUAAGCCUUGUCAGACAAAGACACUCCAGACUGAUUGGCAGUACAGGUGAUCUUUACAGUUGGAUUAAACUUUGUUUACAUAUAAACUUUACAGCAAACAUUUCAUGCACAAGUGUUCUAGUAGAAGUAACAUGACCUGAACUCUACUGUUAUGCUAUAUAGCCCUUUCAUUUCACCAUAUCAUUGUAGUGGGUUAUUUCUGCAGGUUUCUGAGUGUCUUAGUCAGAUGCAUUAUCACUGCAUAAAGGAAAAAAAUAAGUAAAAGCACUCGGCCAACACAUUCGCCCAUAGCAUUUUUAGCGACCCUAUGGAACAAAAGAGAAAUGCAUCUCUUCCAUUGGAACAGUAUGUUGUUUACCAAUGCAGCUCAUGUUCCCUAAAGCCGACUCUGUUUCUGAAUCUAGGCUAGUCCACUGAUUGCUGUUGCGUGCACUGGUUUCUAGAGUGUUGCGUCCCUAUGGGAAAUCUGCACUGUCUCCUGCCAUAAUAUGGGAAUGUGUCCCUCACCCUGUUGGGGCUUUGCGGGCUGCUGCAUUCACCCAUCUUUCCCGGGGCUCUGCACCAAUUCUGAUGUACUGAAUGGCAAAUCAAUGGUAUUCUAAUGCUAGCGGCUGUGGGGUGGGGGAUGUUAUCAAUAGGUUCAAUCUUUUCAUUGGUUCUUCCGCUUACAGCCUCUAGUUAUUGGCCAGCCAGGACUCCUGACUGGACUAAGAGUGCAGAAGGUAAAUGGAUGCAUUUAGUAACCCCCCGAGGCAGCAGAUAGAAUUUCCCACUCGCACAAAAACCCCACCCUAAUAAUAGUAAAACUUUUUUUUUAAUGGGUGAUGAUGCAGCUUUAAGUACAGGAGCUAAGCUAGGUGGCAACCCUUUCGCACAGCCCAGUGUUCUGUGGUUUUAGCAUUGCAGUAGUAUUCCAUAAUUUAUUUAUUUUUUUAUCAGAAAACAUUCUCAGCCCAAAUUUGUUUACCCAAAACGGGAAGUAAACUUCUUCAAUCCCACAAAACCGGAUAUCUGGUAGCGCGCUUGUUAUGUAUUGCACUCCGUUUGACCAUCUUAUGUGCACCAUGUAUUUACUCUCCAUCUCCUGCAUGACUGGGUUUUUCUCUCAUUUUGAAAGGAGCUAAUUGGAUCCAGAUAAUCAGAAUGGAAAGUAGCUGCUGCUAUCUGCACUGAACUUGUUAGGGGGCUGUGACCUGUCCACUAGUGUGGUUUAUGUUAGAGCAGGGCUGCCUGUGACUGGGACAGACUUAUGAUCUGCUGAGGACAAAGUAGGAACAGUAAGCAGAGAGCCAGAGACGGAGAGUUAGAUAGCGGAAUGAGAGUCCUGCUAAACCAAUGCAGGAAGACUUAUCAAAUGAACCAGAUUGACACACCCAACUUGUAAACUUAUCUUUCAUAACUCCCAAAUAUCCGUAGUAGAGUAAGUUACAUACAGGUAGCUCUCCAUUCUUGUGCACAUUGAGGACCUGAAGCCAAGCGAGACGUGGCAACAGUCAGUGACGUAAUUUGUAUAUUGACACUACACAGUCUGAUCCCAAAUCUCCACUGUUUCCCCAUUGUCACAGCUUUUACCCAGCUGUACGUAGCACUUUUCAAAGGGGAAAAAUUGUAUUGUUUUGGUUUAUAUUGUUUGUGUUUUUUUAAAUUAUGCCAUCAGAAUAUGGCAGCACAAGAAGAUAGUAUGCCUCCUGGAUGUAUCGUUGAAUCACACCUCUGAACAGUGAAGUGACCUAUUGUUUACUGCAUGCUAGUGACCAAUAAGCUGGAGGAACCAUUCUUCGGAAGAGUAGGGGCCAACUAGCCAUACAUAUGGCACCCCGGGAACUAGGAAUCUCUCAGCCAUGACAAAUCUCCACGUUUUGCAUUACAGGGGGGAAGGGGGUAUCUCACUCAAUAUGGGACACUAACAUUGACUUGCUCUGCUCUACAAAUUGAAAUCCACACUACCGACAUCAGAGGUUUUCUGGUUUAUUUUUAUUGCUGUUUAUCAAAACUUGGCUCUAUUCUACAUGGUGACCCUACAGCCUUCUACGCCCGUAACCACACACAGACACCUACGGCCAAGGAGCCUAAGCUGUGAGAUUCCUUUGUAAGGACAGUGUGAAAGCACUACAAUAAAAGGGAGUAUGUGCACCCUGAGAAGGAGCGGGAGAUGGAUACGGUAUAUUGUUAUCUCCUGGCAAAGAGUCCGGCUUUCAAACACCCACCCCAUGAACUCUGGAAGAGGAACUUUUAUUUAAUUUUUUUAAUUCUCUUUGGACCGGAUGCGGAGCCCGUUUCUGCCCCCGAGUAGUGUGUAUCUUAUUUCUGAUCACAGCUCUGUGCCACCUUCAUCCCAAGGUGUACCUGCCAGAGUUCUCGGGUUUUUUUUGUUUUGUUUUUUUUCAGUGUCUGUUGAUUAUGUUGUCUAAGUUAUACAGAAUUAUUUUGUAUCGUGUCUUAUUAGAGGAUGCAAAAUGUAUGGAAAAUAAAAAAACUGAGGAAAAAAACCUAUUUGAAUAGAAACAAAA